AUGGAGCUCGUGCGACGUGAGGCCGGGCUGCAAAGCAACAAAUUGCAUCCCGACCUUCGGGAACGAGUGGAGGCGGCCGUUGAGCAGCUGGGCGGGCGAGUUACGGUGGGUGACGUGGCGGCGCGUGCGGGAGUUAAGUUGGCGGAUGCGGACGAGGCGCUCAAGGCGUUGGCAUACGACACGCAGGCGUCACUCAAGGUAUCGUCCGAGGGCGCGGUAGUGUACGGAUUCGCACCCGACUUCCAAAGCCGGCUCCGGAACCGCUCAGUGCUCAUCGCCGCUGCGCCGCUGCUGCGCCGCACCGUAGGCGUGCUGUCAUACCUUGUGCGCGUCGCCUUCGGUACGGCACUCAUAGCGUCGGUCGCACUUGUGUGGCUGGCGAUUGCUGUGCUGCUCAGUAGUCGCAACGACGACAGGGACAACCGCCGCCGCGGUGGUGGCGGCGGCGUCACGUUUUUCAUGGACCCGGUAGACCUGUUCCUGUACUGGGAUCCGUACUAUGAAAGGAAGCGUGCCGCUCGCUCUGCUGAGUUAAGAACGGGAGGUAUGAACUUCAUGGAGGCGGUUUUCUCGUUCGUGUUCGGAGACGGAGACCCGAACGAGAGCUACGAAGAGCGGCGCUGGCAGGAGCUGGGUGCCAUGAUUCGGAAAAAGGGUGGGGUGCUGACGGCGGAGGAGAUGGCGCCUUUCCUGGAGCCGCCGGCACCGGCGCCUGUCCCGCCCGCAUACAGCAAAGAGCCGUACAUACCGUACCCGGACGAGAGCUUUGUGCUGCCCGCGCUGAUCAAGUUUGGCGGCGAGGCGGAGGUGGACGAGCAGGGCCACAUUCUGUAUUGCUUUCCUGCACUGCAGAGGACCGGGGUGCAGCAGCAGCAGCAGAAGCGGUGGCGGCUGCGCAAUCGUACCGAGUCCACCUCCUGGAACGUGCCCCUGGAGCGGACCUGGGAGCUCACCGCUGCCACUCCCGGCCAGAUUGCCGGAGUGGUGACACUUGGCCUGUUCAACCUGCUGGGGGUGGGUCUGCUGUCAGGGUUGCUUGCAGACCCCCGUGGUCCCGCGCUCCUAGCCAUGCAGGGCCUGGGAUUUGUGGUGGCACUCAUGGGGCCCUUGAAGCUGUAUGCAGGGACCUUCUUCGCCAUACCCGCUGUCAGGUGGGUUCUCAAUCAGAUCCGCAAUCAGGAGAUAGAAGCCAGAAAUGAGACACGGGAGGCCGCCAUUGAUGUGCUCAACGAAGCCGAGUCAGCAGCGUCCUCUGCACCCGCAGCCGCAGUGAGUGACAAGGUGGCCGCCGCUAGGCGCAAGGCACUGGCCGAGGGGCGGUCUGGGCCGCAGCUGGUGCGUGAUGAGGAGAUUAUCUUUGACAGCGGGGGGGAGGCAGGCAGGCAGCUGGAUGCAAUGGAGAGGGACGACUGGGACCAGCGGCUGGCGCAGCGGGAGCAGGGGUUGGAGCGGGAGCGCUGGGGCCAGGGGCGGUGCCAGUCCUCGAGCUGUCGUCCCUGGGGUGGAGGAACUUGGUGGGCUACUUAUCAGGCCCCAUAUGGCCAGCUAUGA